UUUAUUAUAAAACGGGGCAAAACAAAAGUCUGCUGCAAUUUUACAGAAAAUAAAACAAAAAUUUAUGCACGCCUGUGUUAAGUGAGGGGCACGAUUUGCACAGCAGCAUAUUAUGCGUGUGUGCGUGUGUGCAAAUCAUCAUAAUCGUCAUAAUACUAAUAAUAAUAAAUACGUUCUUCUUUAAAAAAAGAAAAAAGGCCAAAAGAAAAGUUUUCGUAUUUCCUCAUUAAUUUGAGGCAGUUUACGAUAAGCGCUAAGUCAAAUAUCAACGUCUUAAGGUUUAAACGCGCGCGUUAAACAAUUUUUUUGGUCUGAUUUCUACUUUCUGCUUUUCGUUUAUUGUUUUCUUUUCUUUUUCGUGAGAUAUAUGCGAAGAAAUUGCAUGCCCGUCGCUUAAGCGAAAUUAGAAGUACCACGGGUCUUCUAUACAAGUAUACUUCCUUCAUACUACCAAUCGUCACGGUAAUCAUUACUAAAGUAACUAUAAUCACAAGAGCAAUAUCAUCAAGAGCAGCUGAAAAGACGACAACAACGAUAGACCGGUUCAAAAAAUAUGGAAGAUUAUUGGGGAUUAAGUUAUACAAACGAUAUAAAUUGCACACAGCCCGCCAUAGAUGAUUUUCCGCGUGAUUUAUUCACAGAACCACAAAGACAGGCGGGUGCUGUUGUACUUCAUGUUAUAGCCAGUUUAUAUUUAUUUGUAGCAUUAGCCGUAGUAUGUGAUGAGUAUUUCGUGCCUGCAGUGGAAAAAAUCUGUGCAGCUUUAAAUAUGUCUAAUGAUGUGGCAGGGGCUACAUUUAUGGCUGCAGCCACCUCAGCACCCGAAUUAUUUGUAAAUGUGAUAGGCACUUUCAUUACCGAGGGUGAUAUAGGCGUUGGGACUAUUGUGGGCUCGGCGGUAUUUAAUAUAUUGGCUGUUGCUGCUUGCUGUGGGAUAGGAGCAGGAAUGACUAUACCCUUAGAUUGGUGGCCUUUAACACGAGAUAGUAUAGCUUAUGGUAUCACAGUGGCUAUAUUAAUUUGUGUAAUGCAUGAUGAGCGUGUGGAAUGGUACGAAGCUCUAAUAUUGGUGUCAUUGUAUGCUGUCUAUUUGGCUGUUAUGUAUUUUGAUAAAACAUUUCAAAAAUGUGCUAAAGGUGGCGUUAAACAGGCGCGUUCACGCAGCCGUUCUUCCAAUUGUAGUAUUCAAACGAAGAACAUUAAUGAAAAAGAAACAGGUGAAAUCGUUGAAAAUCGCAUUUGUCAUAAUUUAUCAACUAUUCAAUUGAAUGGAGGCGUUAAUAAUGAUCCCCCGAAAAUUUCAUCUAUAAAUAUGGCGACAACAGCAACAACUUCAUAUUCAACACCGACUGUUUCAACUGUAACCCACACUCCCUCCGUUCCAACAGCAGCCGAUGCUGUAAAUACGACUCUUAUAAAUCUCAAUAUUAGUACCGUGAACUUGGCUAAAACUGGUACGUGUCUUUUGUCAUUAGCUCCAAUAGCUCAGCAUGAAGAUACGGAAGCUCCUUCCUCGCCGACAAUGGCAAGUAAUGCAAAUGUUACAGGUGCGGAUGAAGACUUGGAGGAAGACGAAGGCUAUUUUUUGUUAAGAUAUCCAAAAGAAAAAAGUUGCUUCGCCCAAUUCACUUGGUUGAUUAUAUGGCCCAUUCAUUUUUUGUUUUGUGUAGCGAUACCAGAUUGCAAAAAAGCCAAAAACAAUAAGAUUUUUCCUUUGACAUUCGUUAUGUGCAUUGUGUGGAUUGGUUCGCUAUCCUAUGUGGUGGCCUGGAUGAUAACAAUUAUUGGGGAUACUUUAAAAAUACCAGACUCGGUAAUGGGCAUAACAUUUCUGGCAGCGGGCACUAGUGUACCUGAAGCGGUUUCUAGUGUCAUAGUAGCUAAACGAGGUCAUGGUUCGAUGGGAAUCUGCAACUCCAUUGGAUCCAACACUUUCGAUAUACUACUGUGUUUAGGUGUACCAUGGCUAAUCAAAGCCGUCUUCUUUCCCAUCCAACCAGGGCAAAAUUAUGUGGGCAUAAACUCUGCCGGUCUGGAGUAUUCAGCCAUAACGUUACUAUCUACUUUGUUUUUGCUUUACAUAACGUUCUCGUGUAACAAAUUUAAAUUGGAUAAAAGAGUGGGUACGGCGUGUUUGGUCAUGUAUUUGGUAUUCUUGAUUUUUGCCUCACUAAUUGAAUUGAAUGUGUUCUUCCGAGUCAAUCUACCGACCUGUGGACGGUCAUGAGUUAUGCGCGUAUCGUUUGUUCGAAAGCAAAAAUAAAAAAAAACAAAGUCUAAUUGGUGUCAUUGUUGUUAAACUGUUUAGGUAUCUUCUUUACGAAAAUUUUUAAUCUACAUCCUAAGAAAUAAAUUUUUGAAAUAUUAUCAUUUUUCAUAAAGUUUGUU